GGAUUGGAAUUUGGGAAUUGGAAUGCGAGAGAAUCCAAAAGAAGAGGAAAAUCAUGGGCAUCUGAGGCUGAGGCUGAGGGCUGAGCUGAUAUAAUUCCACUUUCCAUGAACUCCACUCUCUAGAAGUAGACAGAAAAACAACACUUCCCCAGCUCCCAUCCUCUCCACAACGCCACCUCAUCAGUUAUCCCUUUUCCGUAACUUUUUUUUUCUUUUGAAAAUUUCCUAUAAAACAACGAAGCAGUACACUUUCGAAACCAAGAAUACACAAGUAGUUGAUCCUCAACGCGUCUCCUUCUCCGUCCCUCUCUCUCUCCAAAAAAAAAAACCCUGCGUUUGCUUUUGCCCUUGCUCGCUCUCAUUUCCUUUUGUAUUUUGGUUUUUUCGUAACGAUAAUAUAACUUUUCAGUUCCUCCAACGUCAAUCAGCUCUUUCUUCCUUUAACUGCUUUCAUUCUCAUAUCUCUCUCUGUUGUAACUUAUCUUUGGGUUGUUCUCAAAGUUUUAAUAUCUUAAUAUGUAAAUAAAACAAAAAUCUCUUUGUGAUUGUGAAAAAGAAAAAGAAAGAGAGAGUGGUAUUCUGUCUUUUCUUCUAUUUUCAUGAACAUGGCGGUUGAAUAUCAGGAGGAGCAUAUAAGGAAUUCAAGAGGAGCUUUGCUUUUUACUUGCAGAUGGUUGCCUUUCUCUUCUCCGAAGGCUCUUGUUUUCCUUUGUCAUGGAUAUGGUGUGGAGUGCAGUGGAUUCAUGAGAGAAUGUGGAACCAGGCUAGCUGCCGGAGGAUAUGCCGUGUUUGGGAUUGAUUAUGAAGGACAUGGAAGGUCAAAGGGUGCCCGAUGUUAUAUUAAGAAGUUUGAAAACAUCGUUGAUGACUGCAGUGAUUUUUUCAAAUCCAUCUGUGCGCAGGAAGAAUACAGGGACAAGACCAGAUUCUUAUAUGGAGAGUCAAUGGGCGGCGCAGUGGCCCUACUGCUUCAUAAAAAGGCCCCUUCCUUUUGGAAUGGUGCUGUUCUCAUUGCACCAAUGUGUAAGAUAUCAGAGAAAGUGAAGCCACAUCCAGUGGUCGUGAAUAUUCUGACAAAAAUGGAAGAAAUUAUACCUAAAUGGAAGAUAGUACCCACAAAAGACGUCAUUGAGUCAGCAUUCAAGGACCCUACUAAGCGAGAAGUGAUAAGGAACAAUAAGUUAAUAUAUCAAGACAAGCCUAGACUGAAAACAGCGCUUGAAAUGCUCAGAACCAGCAUGAGCCUUGAAGAUGGUUUAAAUGAGGUGACAAUCUCCUUCUUUGUGUUGCAUGGGGAAGCAGAUAUAGUAACAGAUCCUGAAGUAAGCAAGGCCUUGUAUGAGAAAGCUAGCAGCAGGGACAAAACCAUAAAAUUGUAUCCAGGGAUGUGGCAUGGAUUGACAUCAGGAGAGCCCGAUGAAAACAUAGAAAUAGUUUUUGCAGAUAUCACAGCUUGGCUUGACAAGCGCUGCAAUGCUGUAACGUUUGAGCAAAUUCUUCAUCCUUUCAACCAAGGGUUCAAAAAAUUCACUAAUACGACAAUGUCAAUGGCAACAACCAGUGGCAGAACGCAAUCAAACGGGAGGUAUUUGUGUGGAUUGAAGGGACUUCGCACACAACACCCACUCAGCAAUGUAGCCUGAUAGUAUCAACUUAGCUGUUGUCUCUGUAUAUUUCUCUGCAGCAUAACUUUUAUAUUCUCCCAAAACGACAAAACUGAACCCUUGAAGGGGAAAACUCAUGGAAUAAAAACGAAACCUGAAAUGUUUGUGGACGAUUAAUUUGUUUCACUGAAAUGUUUUGUUGCUGUUGGGGUCCCUAAAAAUGCUCGAUUUGAGCUAUAGAUUGUUGACAGAUUGACUGACAAAAACCCA